GCACAAAACUUUUAUAUAUGUUUUUAAUUUUUAUUUAUUGUCAAAAAUGUUCCAAAGAUGAUACCUGCUUAUUAAAAGAUCAAAAAAACUGUCUUUUCGAUCUUAUUUGGCAGUUUUGACACAUUUUUGGAAAAUUUGUUUUUUUGAAAAUCUUGACUUCAUUUUGAAAAGUUAAAAAAGUUGUAUGGCGGUCGAAAAACGCGAGACAUGUAAAUAGCUAAUCUCAAUGACAACACUCCACAAUACAUUAAUUAAUUAAUUUCAGACCGGAAAAAUGCGGAAAAAUUAACUUUACCUCUAUUUGAAAAACAAAGAUAUUUUUUUUUGCACUUCCUAGCCUUCUUACAGAAUUUAUUUUUUUUUAAAUAGUUGCAAUGGUAAUUAAUAAAUAAAAAUUAUAAUACUUUACCUCCAAAUGUAGAUUAACAAUUUAAAAAAACAACUACAACAAAAAAACUACCAAAGCGUUUUUAAUCGUCAACCAAACUCAAGCGAAAAAUAGAAUACUUUAUAUUAUCUCCAUCCAACUGUUGGCAAGAACCAACUUUCAAGCUUAGCUUAAGCUAAUCCGAGAUGAAAACCAAAAAACCAAACAUGAAUUACAGUUACCCAUUGUAUUGAGAAGCUCAACUCAUGAUUUAAAAUCAUGUGGCUAAACUUUUUUUUUUCUAUUUUGUCCAGUCAAAUUGGCGAAUUACCACACUGUGCUACGUUUUCAUUCUUCUAUUCGUAUCAAAAAUUUGCCAAUAUUCACGAAAAAACAUUCACAAAAUCCGAUCGUGGAUUUGUAUGAAAUUUUCCAUUACGAACGAAUUCUGUGAUUAUUCUUUGGGGAAUCGUAGAAAAUUUCCGAUGCGAAUGGAAUCCGUGAUAAGCCUGAUUGCCUUCUAAUUGUUUAAUAUUAAAUUCCAUCAAUAAAGAAUAACAAAAUUAACAUAUAUUUUAUUUUUUUUUUCCAAAUAAUAUGGUUAGCAUAAAGGUUUGAAGAAAGUGAAUGAAAUCCUUUCUUUUCCUGAUUAUAAGACUUGAUUUUCAAGAAAGAAAGAGGAAGGUAACUUUUGUAUUUUAUUUUUAUAUAUUUUUUAGUUUUAUACAGGUACAUUCUAUUUAAAAAUGUCUUGGAAAAGAACUAGAUGUGUUAUAACACAUUGCAAUUCGAAAACAAGCGAAGAGAGAAAAUUGUUCCGCUUUCCAAAAAAGGACACGAACAAAUAUAAUGAGUGGUUGACGGUGCUCGAAAAAGAGUGUCAACAAAGAGUUCAGAAUCUAAAAAAGCCAUAUAUUUGCAGUCUUCAUUUUGAAUCAACUUCUAUAGGCAAACAAAAGCUACGUCAAAAAUGUAAGCCAACACUUUUCUUAAAAGAAAAUGAUUUGAGGGAAAGAGAGUGUAGUGAAUCAAGCGAUAGAAAUGAAUUUUAUUUUAAUCCAGAAAAUGCAAAAAUCAACUAUUUGACCCCAAGAAAUACAACAAAUUUAGCAGUUGUUGAAGCAGAGACAGAAAAUCUAAACGAAAUUCAAAUUUUAACAAAUUCUUAUGUAAACGACAGAAAUUCCGAUGAGAUACCCGUUAUGUGUUCAAGCUGCGAAAAAAAUUCCAAAAAACAAUCUUAUUACAUUAAGAAAAUGAAUUGCCUCAAAAAAGAAAAUAAAAUAUUGAAGACGAAAGUCCAAAAAUAUAAAAAAUUGAACGCUAGAAUUUCGCGAAAAGUAUAUCGGUUAAAAGAAGACAAAAAAACCUUGCAAGCAGCUCAAAAACAAAGUAUUUGCAAAAAAAUUGAUGCAGAUAAAGAAUUGAAUCAAAAUACAAAAACAUUUGCGAAACUAAUCUUAUCUCAAGGAAAAAAACCAUAUAAAGAAGAUGAAAAAUGUAUAUGUCAAUGUAUAUUUUUCCGAUCCGCUUCGGGGUAUAACUUUUUAAGAGAUCAUCUAAAAUUACAUCUACCACAUGCUUCUUCAUUGCAUAGAUGGAUUCAGAUCAAAAGCUUAUCUCCUGGUAUGAAUUCAAGUGUUCUUCAAGAAAUUAGGAACGUGACAAAGGACCUGGCACCGAAAGACAGAGAAGUUGUAUUAAUUUUCGAUGAAAUGAGUAUUCAAUCUAAUCUUACCUACAAUAAGUAUAAAGACAUAGUAGAGGGCUUUGUUGAUUACGGCAGGGGUAUCCGAAAAAGCGAAUGCCCUAAGUCUGUUUGCGUUUUCAUGAUUCGGAGCGUUUGCGGAAAAUUCAAACAAGUCCUCUACCACGUCGCUUGUCCAUCAAAUAUUCCUACAGAAGAACUUGAAAAAGAAGUAAAAAACUGCUUGGAGAUAUGCAAUCAUCUGAAUCUCAAUGUAAGAGCAAUAUGUUGUGAUCAAGGUCCUACGAACCGAAAAUUAUACAAGCAACUGAGUAUUAAUUUAGAAAACUUUCAAUUUAACUAUAAAGGAAAAAAAAAUAUGCGCAACGUAUGAUAUGCCACACCUAAUA